CUGUUUUCAUUCUCCGCUCUGCGGCCCUGGGCUGCAGUUAUGGCUGAUACUGAUGGGGUGGAUGAACGAUCUCCGCUGCUUUCAGGAAACAACUCUGGCAAUGUCACUCCUACAACGCCCCUGUACGUCGAGGAGCCUAGUCCUCGGGGAGAGCUCCCACCUCCUUACAGUCCAGUGGCCAGUCCUGAUGUUGGAGGAGUGCCAGUAAUAAACUGUCGUGUGUGCCAAUCCCUGAUUAAUUUGGAGGGCAAGCUCCAUCAGCAUGUUGUUAAAUGCACUGUUUGUAAUGAAGCCACGCCAAUCAAAAAUCCCCCUGCAGGAAAGAAGUAUGUACGAUGCCCUUGCAAUUGUCUCCUUAUUUGCAAGGAUACAUCACGGCGCAUUGGGUGUCCAAGGCCUAACUGUAGACGCAUAAUUAAUUUGGGUCCAGUGAUGCUGAUCCCAGAAGAACAACCUGCUCAGCCUGCCCUACCAGUGCAGCCUGAAGGUACACGUGUGGUGUGUGGACAUUGUGGGAAUACCUUUCUGUGGAUGGAAGUUAGGUUCAACACUCUGGCAAAAUGCCCACACUGCAAAAGAAUAUCGUCUGUUGGCAGUGCAUUGCCUCGAAGGCGUUGCUGUGCAUAUGUUACUGUUGGAAUGAUAUGCGUUUUCAUUGGAGUUGGUUUAACUGUUGGAACUCAAGAAUUCGCCAGACGUUACACUGCAACAUAUGUUUCCUGGGUUUUUGCUUAUCUUCUAGGCUUGAUCUGUCUAAUCCGAGCUUGUUACUGGGGAGCCAUAAAAGUUAGCUAUCCUGAGCAUACCUUUGCAUAGACAAAUCGUUCAUCCACUGCAGAAGAUGCAAUGGUCUACAAAAUCUUUAAUUCCAAGUUAGUGGACACAUUCAAGUUAAUAUAAGUCAACUUCAUAAACUGAUUAGGUGCAAAGAGGAUAAUGGUGUUAGAACAUGUGCAUAUUGCACUACAAUUUAAGCAAGUAGACUUUUUUGUUGCAUCUAGGUUGCUAUGUUUUUAACAUACAUGCCGAAUUUAAUUUGUUUGCAACGUGCAGCUCAAUUUGUCAUAGUUAAAUUUUGUUGAAAUCUGUUAAAUCUCUAUUGAAAUACUUUGCUUUUUCUGGUAGCAGUAGUAUUUUUAAUGUUUGUCGGUGCCACUGUUACUCUUUCAAAAUGGGACAGAGGAACAUCGUAACAAAACAAUUUGGCUUUGUCCUUGUCAAAAUUUUUCUAUACAGGCUUGGUGUUUAAAUUGCUCCCUUGAAUCUGAACAUUCUGGACAAACUGCAUCAUAGCUAAGUAAUAAAAAUAAGUUCUAUAUGUUAUAUUUUGAAUACUUUCAUACUUUUUAGUAUUUGCUUUUUAGAGUACAAAGCUUUUUAAAAUGCCAAUGGUGAGAUUGUCAAAGCAUUAUGGUGGCAGUAGUUAGUGAUGCUUGACUUAUUGGAUCAUAUUUAUCUCAUUGUGUAAUUAUCCAUACUAUAAUCAUUUUGACAGAUUACUAAGCAGAAAAGUAUCAGGAAAAGUACAAGAUUUUGCAAUUAUAAUAGGAUUACAUAAUUUAAAAAUAAACACAAACUUCAGCUAUUGAAUGUAAUGUCAAAAUUUGUACCAAUUUAAUCACAGACCCAUUAACUAUCUUGCUUUGCUGAACUGGAUGCAGUCUUUUUUAAGUAAGGUGAUAUAAAUUAUUCUACAAAUAAAACAAAUAUUUGUUGA